UUAUUUUAUUAACAAAAAUUUGAAAAAAUAUAAAAAAGAGGCACAAUGUUGACAGACGUUAGCCCGUCGGGACAAUUUUACGGUGCACAAAUACCGACAAUGGGAAUGAAUAUUACAAAUAUUGCGAAUCACAUUCAGAAACCAAGUGAUCAUCCCGGAUUGCGAGGCACACCUUUAGCGAUGUUAGCGGCACAAUGUAACAAAUUGUCGAAUAAAUCUCCGCCGCCGUUGGCUGAUGCAGCUGUCGGUAAGGGGUUUCAUCCGUGGAAGAAAAGUCCCUCGUCGCCAACACCUUCGGGACAACACUCGCCGACAGGUGUCACUGCGAGUUCGACCGCCGUGAGUUCGAACGUUGGAACAAUUUCGGUACAGAGGAAUUUAUGUGUUUCGUCUACUCCUAGUCCAAUGAAUAAUAUUUCAGCGAGUCGUUCAAUCACAUCCUCGUCAUGUUCGGCAAGCACAACGCCCAGUUACGGCAGCGGCUUAUAUUUUCCAGAUGCAACAACGUCUCCUGCCGUUGCGGAAACAUCUCACAUGCACCAAGGUCUUUUGGGAAAAGUCGAAGGCGCAACCUUGGGCUCCGUUUAUUCGCGUCAUCCGUACGAUUGGGCCUUCAACGCACCACACAAAACAGAAGGCGUUAACGGCGAUUGGUGGGGAAUGCAUAGCGCCGCCGCCGGAUCAUGGCUCGAUAUGGGAAGUGCAGCUGGAAUGCACGCAACAAUGGCAAAUUACGCGGCAACAGCGACUUCGGAUUACUCCUCUCUCACACAUUCGCUCUCGAAUACGGCGCAUUUGCUUGGCACGGGUCAACAUUUGCUGCAAGACACGUACAAGAUGCUUCCGGCACAAUCGAAUUUCGGCUUAUCUAGUCCCUCGCCUGCUCCGAGCACGCCGCCAACUCCGUCGCCGAGAUCGCAGCGACGAUAUUCCGGAAGAGCGACGUGCGAUUGCCCGAAUUGUCAGGAAGCGGAGCGUCUUGGACCUGCGGGCGUUCAUUUGCGGAAGAAGAAUAUUCAUUCGUGUCACAUUCCGGGCUGCGGGAAAGUUUAUGGCAAGACGAGUCACUUGAAGGCACAUUUGCGCUGGCACACAGGAGAACGACCUUUUGUUUGUAACUGGCUGUUUUGCGGAAAACGUUUUACGCGAAGUGACGAACUGCAACGACAUUUGAGGACUCACACAGGAGAAAAAAGAUUCGCUUGUCCCGUGUGCAACAAACGCUUCAUGCGCAGCGAUCAUCUCGCAAAACACGUAAAAACUCACAAUUCCACUGGUUCAGGUAUCAAAAAGGGUUCCUCCGAGUCGUGCAGUGACUCGGAAGAGCAAAUGCGGAAUCAGCAACAACACGAUCCGCAUCAGCAGCAGCAGCAACAGAAUCAACAACAACAGCAGCAUGCCCAGCAACAACAGCAGCACAUGGUAAUUUCGCACCAAAUGGGAUCUCCUGCAAUGCAUCAUCAUCACACGCCAAGUCCGGGUCUCGAUCAGAUUGACGUGAAACCAGGUAUUGUUUGAAACAUGUUUGGACCCGGAUCGGUAUUCGCUCCAAAUGCUGGUUUCCAUCACGGGUCCCCCUUCACGACGUCAUAGUUGUGGCAAGUAAUCGACGACGACGCAAUGGUUCAAUUAUAACGUCGUCAUGAAUUUUAUUGAAAAAAAAAUUUGAAAAACGAAGGAAACUUUUAAAAACGAAAAAAUGGUACAAAAAAAAUUUUUCAAAAAAAAAUAAUUUUUUUUAGAAUUUUCAUGCUUUUAUGUAGCACGACGAGGUCAGCAUUUCCUAAGAAGACCAGUUAACAGUUAAAACAGGAAAUAAUUAUAAAAUCUAUCACAGCGCAGUGAAUGUGAAAAUAAACUGUUAUAAUUAACAACACAGACACACACACACGAACCAUAUCAUUA